ACCUUCCCAGUUCCCACGUCCCAACAACAACCACCCCAGGAUAUGAGAAUACUAUGAUCCCCAUCCCUCCCCUCCCCUCCCCUGACUCUACUACUCCUCCCCCACUGCCUUGCCUUCGUCGUCACAUGCGCACAAGAAAGAACCCGCGCCGCCCCUGACCCUGGCCCCUCCUCUCCUCCAGCGCGCAGCCAAGACGUCGCCGCGCCCGCUUCCAUGACCCUCGUCCCCACCUCGCGAUGAGCGACAUUGCGCCGUGGUGGCGCCUGCCUUUUCGUUCUUGACCGCCCGUCGAGCUGCUACGAGAAAGGGAGGGAGGCCGGGCGAUGGCCGCCGCGAGGAGGCUCUCGGAGCUGCUGCAGGAGCAGCAGGAGCCGUUCCUCGUCGAGGCCGCCAGGGCGAGGCGGCCCCGACGCGUCCGUGGCGCGAGCGGGGCGGCGGCGGAGGAAGCGGGAGGAGGAGGUGGGCUGGGCUGCUGCCCCACCGCGGCGUGCCGGCGGCUGCUCAGGCUCUGCAGCCACGGGUUCAAGAAGAGGAGCGCCGGCGCCCUCAGGUCGGCGCUGACCAAGGUGCUGUGCAGCAGGGCCAUGCGCCGGGUGCUGCGCUGGGACGGCCUCGGCGGAGGCUGCCUCUCGGGCGCCGGCGCAUGCGGCGCCAGCGAGUUCCGCCGCCUGCGCCGCUCACUGGGGGACAGCGGCGAGUGUGACCCUCGCGCCAUGGUGUUUCCCGGCGAUGGUGGGGACGAGGAGCGGGUGGGGUGGAAGGCCGACAUGGACGUCGACUCGUCGCGGCAGCUCAGCCCGGUCUCCGUCCUGGACCUGCACUCCGACGAUGACGACGACGAGUCGCUGGCGCAUUCUUACUGGGGCGACGAGAAGCCGUCCACCUCCGGGAGCUCACCUCCGUCCGAGCCUUUCCUCGGGCCGACCUCUCCGUGCUUCAGCUACUACAGCCACAGCCACAUCCUGCACGACAAGUUCCGCGAGAUGGAGGUGGACGAGGGCGAGGAGGAGACGGCCCGGACCGGCAGGUCCGUCGAGGAGCAGAUCUCGUCGUGGGAGAAGAUCGCGGGUGACAUCUCCAGGAUCCCCGCGAUGGUGGAGCUGGACCUGGCGCGGUCCGCGCGGCAGUGGCGGGAGCCGAGGCUGGAGGCCAGGGAGGUCGGCGCCAGGAUAGAGACCCUCAUCUUCGAUGACAUCAGGAGGGAGACCGUGUGCGACAUGCUCGCCUCGCAUUGUAGAUCGGCGGCGGCGGCGGCGGCAGCAGCAACGUCUUGUUGAUCGAGGUAGUAGGAGGAGGAGGGGUUGUUGUGUUGGUCAGAAGCUAUGCAGCGGAUACGGGUACAUUUAUCGACAGUUUUCAAAAAUAAAAUGGAGAAUAAAUAGCGUAUAUAUGUUGAAAAGGUUAACAA